AUGCAGGCCAGCUUCAACGGCCGCCGCGACGCCGUUGGCCCUGAUGGCAGCCGCGGCGCCGCGUCGCCGUACGGGCCACACCCUGCGUCGCCGACCCUGACCAAUCCAGACAUGAUUCUCCCCGACUACGACGACUCCGAGUCGCUCGACGACGACCACCAUCCGCUGUCGCCUCCGUCCAUGUGGCAGCACGAUGCGCAGGGCGCCGCCAACGACUUCGGCUCCUUUUCGCAGGUCGGCUACGGCUCCGCGCCCCUCGGCCCCACGACCCCGAUCAUCUACGGCAACGGCACCAUGCUGUCCGACAUUGGCGAGGUCACCGAGGUCGAGAGCACCGUGGGCACGCAGUCGCGCCAGGGCAUGUCUCGCCUGUCCGCCAUGGGCGGCGACGACACGCCGCUCCGGUCCUCGCCAACCGGAGGCAGGAGGCUGCUCAAGAAACGUUCCGUCCAGCACGCCGCACGCGAGCGCAGGCUCUCCUCGGACUCGACGAGCACCAUCGACGGCAACGACCGCGCCGCGGCCACCUUUGACGACUUCGACGAUGCCGUGAGCGUCGACGACAGCAACUUCCAGGGCGACGACGAGGAGAGCAUGGCGUCCUCGUACGUCGACGACGCCGCCGCCCUCUCGCCCCGCCUCGCCGCCCGGGCGUCGGCCCAGGGUCUCAACCUCAACGAGGACCGCUUCUCCACGAGCUCCAUCAGCAAGCGAGCUGAGCAGAUUCUGGCAAACGCCAAGCGCCGACUCACAACCAUGGAAGGAAAUCUGAACAGGGCCAGGACCUUCAGCUACUCUUCCGUUUCCGACGGCUCGACGCCGUCUCCGGUCGGCCGGCCCGCGACGUCGCUCCGCGAGCACGCGCCGCACUCGUCCAACCACGUCAGAAACGUGAGCGAGACGGGCUUCCUCCAGGCGACGGCCCGACCCACGGCGCAGCUGCAGCGCUCCGCUAGUGCCCUCGGCGCCGCCGGUGGCUACCGCCAGCCCGUCCAGUCGAGGAGCGCCGACCCCCUGGGCGGGAGGCAUUCUCACUCCGCCAAGCUUUCGCAUCAUCCCCUGGACACGACGCUCGCGCCGCUCAGCGAAGACGGUGAUGACGCCUUUGCCGAUGAGAGGACACGCGCAAGCUCUCAGCACAACAGCAUCGCGAGCCCCACCUUUGGCGUGUACCCCGAGAUUGCCCUCACCCGCUCCGCAUCCGUCGCCCAAGUUCGGGAUCUCCAGGACCAGAUGGAGGGAUUAAAGGGCAAGAUAUCGAGUCUCAAGGAGCAGGCUCGCGCAGAUAGUAUGAAGCGCCGCAGCCUGCAGAGCCUUCGGACGCCGAGUCCCUUUACGCACGCCAGAUGGGGCCAGACCUACUCGGAGCGCCAAGGGGUAAGCUCACCAGAGCAAGGGAGCCCGGCACUGGUGACCCCCUGGAACGGCGUGGUGCCAGGGUUCGAGACCCAGGAGAAUGGCAAGCCAGUGGAAAGGGCCAUUGAAGCUGUUCCCGAGGAAGACGAGCAGUCCACAGUUGGUGGAUUCCAUGAGGCUCGCGAGACACUGGAAAACGACGAGGUUCAUGCGACUGAGGCCGAGGCCGAAGCCGAGGCCGUGCAAGAAGCCGACACGCAUUAUGAGGGUUUCGACGGCGCGUAUCACGCCUCGGGUGACGACGGCGAAGGGCAUGCGGAUGAGGAAGAGAUCGAAGGAGGUGAAGACGAUGCCGACAACAACCGCGACGACGUGAGCGAGAGCGGCGAGUCGCUCUACCACGACACUGUGCAGCAUCCCAUCUCGCACGAGGACCGCGAGGAUGCGUUUGACUACGAGCACUUCUUUUUGCAUUCUGCCAUGGGCACCAUCAGUAGGCAGGGGAUCACGCGAGAUUACGACUAUGACAGCGAAGGGUCGGACGACUCGGUUCAGACAACCCGAGGCCCGACAGUGGGUGUCGGACGGCGUGCAAGUCAAGAUACGUUUGUCACUGUUGACUCUUUCGCCACGGCCGCCGAGGGUCGCGAGAGCCGCAAUUCGACCACGACGGCAGGAGGGAGAACGGAAGACGGAUUCGUCACGCCAAGCGAGCAGUUUGAAGACACUACGACGACGGCACGUCGCGCAACGUUAGGGGGCGGGUCCGGCAGCGGCAGCGGCAGUGGGAGCAGCGGCGAUGAGGCCUUGCGAUAUCGGGACGAAAGACCACGGGCCAACUCGGUGCUGCACCGACCGGCUAGCAUCACCUUCAAGGCCGCACUGCACCGGCCGUCGGUCUCAUCCUUUGAGUCCACAGGGACCAACCGGAGCUUCCCGCUCGUCAACAGGACGAGGCUGAGCGGUGGCAUUCUCACGCCCGGUGCGUCCCCGGAAUACGAUCUCAAGCAGGUGGCGGAGUCGCUCAUGUCGGAGACGACGAGCGUAUACGACCGGGAGAGCACCAACGGAGGACCCCAUUCGCCGGCGAUCCAGAUGCUGUCGAGGGAGGACCAGCUCUUGGUGGAGCACGUCGUAGCCAGCCUGGGCAAGUGCGUCCUCGGCCUUACGGAGGCGUCGCGGACGAACCCCAGUGGGCUGGAAGAGUUUCGACGCCGGAUCGAGGCCGCCAAGCGGGUACUCGAGAGCGGCGAGUGA